CUUUAUUUAUAUAAGAAAACCCCUCUUUCUCUCUCUCCUAAACCCACCCUCCUCUCUCAUCAUCUCUCUUGCAUGACUUAUACUUCUUCUUUCCCCCCUCCUAUGGCCGUUGAAGCACACCAUCUUCAUCUAUUACCCCAUCAGCUCCUCAUGGACAGAGAGCUCGUCGCCAAAAUAAUGGAAGCUCAUCAAGCAGGUCUCAUGAUGCCAAUUCCCACAGAAGAGGUGGUUCUCGGAAAGAGGCGACCAAGAGAGCCCUUAUUUUUCCUCGGAGAAGAAAUCUCUACUGAUUUUCAGCAGCAGAUGUUCGAUCACGACUGUCUUCUCAUACAUCACACGCAGCAGAUAACAUCAGAGCUUGCUGAACAGAGGAAGCGGCUUUCACGGCUUCUUUUAGCAGCCAUGGACGAUGAAGUGCGAAAGCAGUUGAAGGCAAAGGAUGACGAGAUUGAGACAGUAAAGAAGCUGAAUUGGGCUUUGGAAGAGCGAGUUCGCAGUCUCUCUAUGGAGAAUCAGAUAUGGCGCGAGUUAGCACAGACAAAUGAAGCUACUGUGAAUCUUCUCCGCGCUAAUCUAGAGCAGGUUCUUGCCACACAGAUCUCUGUAAAGGAAGAUGAUGAUGAUCAGAGACUUAUCGAACCUGCUGAUGAUGCAGAGUCGUGUUGUUGUGGCGAUAAUGAAGGCUUGGAUGAUAUAAGAAUGGAGGUUUCAAUGCCGUUGAGGAUUUGUAGGAGGUGUGGUGGCGGUGAGGCUACUGUGCUUCUGCUUCCCUGCCGCCAUCUCUGCCUCUGUGCGUUCUGUAGCCCAAGAACUAACUUUUGCCCCAUCUGUAGUUGUGCCACCAGCGGUAGUGUUAAUGUAAAUUUGUCGUGAAUUUUUUAUAUUUUUGAAAGAAAAAAAAAAAGUAGACCAAGUGAGAAAAUUUGGCACUGUGCAAAUCCAUUCUUUUAUCUUUCUUUUGUUGUUUUUAUUAAUGGGUAAUACUUCUGAACAUUUGAAUUUUCACUCAGCUUAUUCUGAUCUA